AAGCUCCUCCCACUCAGCUCACAGGAAGUGAAAUGUGGAACAGCAACUGCAGGACGGCAGACAUAUCCAACGGCUGAAGUGUUCAUUCAGGUCACUGAUGUGAUUUACAGGAACAUGUACUGCUGCCAAAACAAGGACCGUGUGGGGAUGGCUGCACGCAGAGCUUUUGUCUCUCUUGCCCUCUGCUUGCUGCUGGGUAAGCAAACAUCUGCCAGAAACGAUGCUCCCUGCCAGCCCUCCAAAUGGAACAACGGAUACAGCAGGUUCCUGAAACGCCACCUGCCCUCUGGCACUCCAGACUCUGUUGAUCACAACGAGUGGGAGAAGUUCAUCAAGAGUCUGGGAGGCUGCGACCGGCCUACGCAGUCCUUCCUCCACCCGAAGGACCUGGACAGAGUGAGGGCUGUGUGUUCAGACGAAGGGGGGAAGGUGUUCAAGGACAAUCUGUGCAUCAGCCAGCAGCCGUUCACUUUUGUCACAGUGAGGAGCACUCCAGGAACCUGUGGGAUCAGAAAAGUGGAGCGGGAAAGGAAACACCUGAUCCUGGCCUGUGAGGUGUUGGAGAAUGUGUGUGUGCCGGUCCACUUUGAGGGAAACCCCACAGAUCAGAGGCCCAGUAACAACGCCAGGGGCUGCCAGAGUUCACAAAGAAGAAACCAGGCUGCAACCUUCCAACCAUCAUGGCUCUGGUUGAUCUUCACUUUCCUGGUCACUUUUUAUGCUUUCUGACGUUUAAUUUACCCUGUGAGGAACUAGAGGACGGCAGAAGUUUGAUCUCAGUCCAUUUAUAUUUCUUUUAAUGAUUCUUCAUUUGAUCCCAAAAAUUCAAUAGUAUUUUUAAAAUUUUAAACCAAUAUUUUAUCAGUUACAUGAACGUACCACCAGCAAAAAAAAACAGAUGUCGAUCACUGAAGAAAGGCGCAAAAAAACUCAAUAGUUUAACAUUUUUUAAUUGACAAAAACUGAGAAGUCAAAUUCAAAGCAUUGGCAUCUUUUUCAUAAUUGCUUCUUUGUAAAAUUUAACAGUUUUAACCAAUAUUCAACUUUCCUAAUAGGAAAGCUACCAUUUAAUGGAAACAAAAAUAAAAACAUGCAUAUAUCAUGUGUGUAAAUAUAAUUGUUUGCACCAUCAUCUCUAAAUAUAGCACAAAUGACACUAUUACCUGUGAAAUUCAGACAUGAUUUUUUCAUGAGUCAGAUCUCCUUGCACCAAUAAGUCAUUAUUUAAGUGACGCUUCUGUUAAGAAGAUGAUCAGAAUCCCUUCACAAACGUUUGAAAUGAACACUCUUGAUAACAAACCACAGUGGAGGAGUAUUUGACAGUCAGGAGGUUUUUGCCCAAAAUCUCUCCAUUCGAGGCUGUCAUUCAUCCUUUUCCUCAGAAAAGCAGCCCCAAAGCAUGAUGAUGCCUUCUUCUUCCUCAAAACAUCCCGAGUAACCUUUGGUUUGGUUUCAUCUGACCACGUGAAUUUCUCCCAAUCUUCCUCUGGAUCAUGUAACCCUUGUGCUAUCUUAGAUGACCCCACCCUUGCAUUGACAUGUUCUCCCUACCAUGACAAAGGUGGAUAAAGGUGGAAAGAUUUCAUUUAAUCCAUGGACACCAGUGAAGAUCACAAAUCAUUGAAGAAAAAAGGUUCAGAGCACUGUCUUGUGGGUCUAAAUGACCCAACUCCAAAUAUUAAAGUGCCUAGGAUGGCACAAGGGUUAAGAUUCGACUUGCAGAAUGGUUGACAAAUCCUUUUUGUCUCUCUGUAUUUUAGAGACUGUAACCUGAACAAAGUUUAUCAGAGAGACUGUUGCUAAAGUGAGUUAAAAGCAGAAGAGAAAUCAAAUAACCCUUGUUUGUUCAUGUAAGAUAUGGGACUUAAUGCAAACAGGUUACGUCAUCUCACCUGUACCAGCAGAUAUUUGAUUAGGCACAAGGUCAUGCAAGACUGAGUGCAUAAAACAGAGAUAAUCACUUAUGGCAACUGUGUGAUUUACUAUGAGUGACAAAUACAGUUGCACAAGCCCAGGCAGAUCCAUGUUAGGCUCAAAAGGGCAAUGUGGAAAAAAUUGCACUGUGUGUUUACCACCAGAAGAUGGCAGUAGAGUUCCUUUGUACUCAAAACUUGGGUUAUAAAAAUAUUUAGAUGAAGUAAUGAAUAAUAAUUUACUCUAUUUCCAUUUUUAUACAUAAACUGAACAUUGUGUUAUUCAGAAGACUCAGGACACUUCAGCAGCUUCAUAUAAUGAUUUUGACAUUGAUUUUGGCUUUUUCUAUGCUUUUGGUUUUAUAUCAUAUUUUUUCUGCUGUCUCAGCAUUUAAAUAAAUUGUGUGUUUUCUUUAAAAUAAUAAUUUCACACAAAAACUUG